GCAUGUCAAAAGCUCGAUAGCAAUUGUAGCGCGCGCACUGGGGCAUGUCAAAAGCUCGAGAACGACGCCAGUGGGUGCUUAUCGGGCCGACGUCUGAAUUGCAACACGUCGAGCGUACGACCGACUGCGGUCGAAGUGAUGCGACAUUCGUGACGCUACGGCAUCCAAAGAAAGGGUCGGGCGCUCGGUUUCUGCUCACGAACGGUGGAAGAAGAAUACAAGAAGUGCUGAAAUACGACGACCCGCCGAAAUCGUGGUUGAUCAACAACUCAGUCCAAAAAGAUGGUAGUUUGCAUCUGGCAACGCCCAUCGAUCCCGUCUUUCUCAUUCUCCCGUAUCUCGAAAAGUCGAAGAAGCACUUUACGACGCUUGACAACAUAAUGUCAUGCGACGACUUUCCGUCGUCCGGCUGUUUGUGCGACGUUGAAGGGACCGCACAGCUUGCCCACGUCUGUGACGUCAGAGAUGCGGUCGACAUGAAGGUGUAUAGAUUGAAUGAAACGAAGACACUCGUGUGGCUUCAGAAAAAGGUAGACCAACUCGUGGCCAAACUGAAGGAAAUGGCACACGUAAACGUUGGAUCAGUUGCCAAAGCAGCAAUGUUUGUCCAAAGCAAACGCACCGCAACAACACAAACACAGAGUGACUACGUUCGCUAUGCUGUGGGCAUUAUUUCUGAAUACCUCAAUGAAUUCUGGGUGAGAAGGCUACACGAAGUCUACAGCACCGUAUUCGAAGUGGAAACUCCAGAAGCGACAGAACCGGAGCCAAAGAAAACAAAGUUAGACGAUCACGUGACAACAGAGUGUAUCGAAGACUACACAAAGGGAAACACAGCAACACACGAAGAGCCAGUAAAGAAGGUGAAGGUGACCGUAGCGCAAAGGUCACUCAAUAAAGUGGACAAGACGGGUAUGAAGAGCAUCUCGUCGUUCUUCCAUCGCAAGGGUAAAACAUAGCCAAAUCCAUCAGACAUACUCUAAUACAUUUAUUGACUCAAAGACAAUGAACAGAGCAAUGCGAUACACGCAUGCGCAGCCAGUCUGUACACUAUCCUGUUUCUCCCGUAAUUAAACUUGAUCUUCUUAUGCUCGGCUCGUCGUACACGACGCGCAUGCGUCCGUAUACUAAUAGCCCAUGCGGAUACUCUGAAUGAUCUGGAAAAUUGCUGA